AGGAAAAAAAAGAAAAAAAAUGGCGUUUUUGAAAAUUCCAGUUUUCAUUGCAUGCAUGCUUGUGUUUUCGAUGGCUCUGUGUUGUAAUGCUCAGAACUCACCACAAGACUACCUGGACGCCCACAACGCCGCUCGCGCCGCCGUGGGCGUCGAGCCCAUGACGUGGGACACGGAUGCGGAAGCGUAUGCUCAGAACUACGCCAACAUUCGGGCCGCCGACUGCAGCCUCACCCACUCCGGAAGCUUCACGUACGGCUUCGGCGAAAACUUAGCCGCGGGCGGCGGCCCCUUGACGGGGAAGUCGGCGGUGGACAUGUGGGUUGCCGAGCAGCAGUACUAUGACUACGCGACCAAUUCUUGCAACGCGCCGGCGGGGGAGUCGUGCGGGCACUACACGCAGGUGGUUUGGAGGAAGUCGGUGAAGCUGGGAUGCGCUAGGGUUGAGUGCACCAACGGUGCCGGACACUUUGUUACCUGCAACUAUUCUCCUCCGGGCAAUUAUAUUGGCCAGAUCCCAUACUGAUCCAACUUAUCUGUAACCCUAUGUAUGUGAAAUUAAAUCUGAGAAUUUAUUGAAAUAAGUAGUCAUACAUGCAUGCAUGCAUGCUAUAUUAAUAAAUCAUGGUAUAGAUCAUAGGUUUGAUCUAACGCCCCUACAUACAUGUUUCUGCAGCUUAUGCAUGCAUCCAUGUUAAUUGUUAUGUACGGAGUAUAAAUAAAGAUUAUAAAUGUUGUGUGAUACUUAAAA